AUGGCGGCGACGGCGGCGGCUUCGCUUCGUGGGGCGGUGCUGGGCCCGCGGGGCGCGCGGUUGCCUGGCGCGCGGGCCCGGGGUCUGCUGUGCGGCGCGCGGCCCGGCCAGCUCCCGCUGCGGACGCCCCAGGCAGUGUCCUUGUCGUCGAAGGCCGGUCUGUCCCGGGGCCGGAAAGUGAUGCUGUCAGCGUUGGGCAUGCUGGCGGCAGGGGGUGCGGGGCUCGCUGUGGCCCUGCAUUCUGCCGUGAGUGCCAGUGACCUGGAGCUGCACCCCCCCAGCUACCCGUGGUCCCACCGUGGCCUCCUCUCUUCCCUGGACCACACCAGCAUCCGGAGGGGUUUCCAGGUGUACAAGCAGGUGUGCUCCUCCUGCCACAGCAUGGACUACGUGGCCUACCGCCACCUGGUGGGCGUUUGCUACACGGAGGAAGAAGCCAAGGCGCUGGCCGAGGAGGUGGAGGUUCAGGAUGGCCCCAACGAGGAUGGGGAGAUGUUCAUGCGGCCCGGGAAGCUGUCUGACUACUUCCCCAAACCAUACCCCAACCCGGAGGCUGCUCGAGCAGCCAACAACGGGGCACUGCCCCCUGACCUCAGCUACAUCACGCGGGCUAGGCACGGUGGCGAGGACUACGUCUUCUCCCUGCUAACGGGCUACUGUGAGCCACCCACCGGGGUGUCGCUGCGAGAGGGCCUCUACUUCAACCCCUACUUUCCUGGCCAGGCCAUCGGCAUGGCUCCUCCCAUCUACGACGAGGUCCUGGAGUUUGAUGACGGCACCCCAGCCACCAUGUCCCAGGUGGCCAAGGACGUGUGUACCUUCCUGCGCUGGGCAUCUGAGCCAGAGCACGACCAUCGCAAACGCAUGGGGCUCAAGAUGUUGAUGAUGAUGGGCUUGCUGUUUCCCCUGAUCUACGCCAUGAAGCGGCAUAAGUGGUCAGUCCUAAAGAGCCGGAAGCUGGCAUAUCGGCCGCCCAAGUGACCCUGCCCCGUGUCUGCUCACUGUCUGGUCUGGAUAGGCCCUCCAGCCCAGGAUCCACUCUGGACCUGUUCAGGCCUCAGCUGGCCUCUCGAAAAGCCCCAAUUUCUUGGGUAAAAGAGAGGAGGAGCCAGGAGACAGGUUCCGGCUCCAAAAUCUUCAGUCUCCAUCAUGGAAAUAAAUUAAGUUUCUCAACA